ACUUGGAUAAAAUCCAAACCCACGUCGGAUUUGGGCUUGAUCUGAAGAAAGAAAGAAAAUCUUCCCACCUCCGCCCAACCCACUAUUUAGCGUCGACAGCAACUACUAGGGCAGGGGACCUCGCUCUGCCUUUUCGCUCAAAUUUGCACACCCAGCUGAGCUGCUCCCGGCUUGUUUCUCCUGUUCAGAGGACGGAGCUGCUCUGGGUGUGGGUGCUUGGGGUUGGAGUCGCAAAGGCCAGAUGCCCAGUACCACCAAGAAUUAAGGUUAUACAAAUCUUUUCGGGCUUGUGGGCACAUCACUUAUUUAAUUCCCAAAAAUUAGCAUCCUAAAGAUGGGAAUUGAAUGUUAUUCGAAUUCCCAUUUCGUUUUUGUUGUGAACUAAACGGAGCCUUAGGAGUUUGAGUUUUUGGGGGUUUUUAUUAUUUUGCUGUUGCUGGGUUUUAGGGUUUUGGUGAAAGUUGUCUUUGGUUACGCAUUUUUUUUGUCGGUUUUUAAGAUUUGAUAGUUUUGGAGAAUAUGCAUAAGUAAACCCACCUUUUUUUUUUUUUUUUUCUGUUAUGGUUUUAGAUCUGUCUUAGGGAAUUCAUUAGAUAGUGUGAAGUGAUAGCCAUGUCUGUGAAUAAUAACAAUAAUAGUACUACUACUAAUAAUAACAACAAUAGUAAUAGUAAUCCGCCCAAGAGCCUUGGGCAACCUACGGGGAUGCUCAGUCAAUCGUUGCCCAUGAACCCAGCAUUCUCACAGUCACAAUCUCAGGUGCAAAUUGGCACCGGCUUUCAGGGUCAGUUCCAGCUGUCCCAAGCACAGGUCACUGCUCAGGCACAGUUGAAAGCGCAACAGGCUCAUGUGCAAGCACAGGCCCAAGCAGCUCAUGCUGCUCAAGUUCAAGCAGCGCAUGCACAGUUCCAAGCUCAGUUGCAGGCUCAGGGAAUAUCUCUUAGCCAAGCCCAAAAUGCCGCCUUGGGAAACUUGGGUUCAUCCUCACCUUCAUUUUCAACUCCUGGUAGCAUGAAUUUGAAGCGGCUACCUCAAAAACCCCCAGUUCGGCCUCCUGGUGUUCCCAUGCCAAGCAUGAUUUCCCCAUUGAGAACUAUGGAUCUCACCCCUGCAGCUCGCAGGAAGAAGCAGAAGCUUCCAGAGAAGCAACUACAAGAUAGAGUGGCAGCAAUUCUCCCUGAGUCUGCUUUGUAUACACAGCUUCUUGAAUUUGAGUCUCGAGUUGAUGCUGCUUUAUCUAGAAAAAAGGUUGACAUCCAGGAGGCUCUUAAAAAUCCUCCUUGUGUCCAGAAAACACUUCGAAUUUAUGUUUUCAACACUUUUGCUAAUCAGAUCAGAACAAUUCCGAAGAAGCCAAAUGCUGAGCCCCCAACUUGGACUCUUAAGAUUGUUGGGAGAAUAUUGGAAGAUGGGAUAGAUCCUGACCAACCUGGAGUAGUUCAGAAAUCAAACCCCUUGUAUCCAAAGUUCUCAUAUUUUUUCAAGAGGGUGACAAUUAUGUUGGAUCAGAGAUUAUAUCCUGAUAAUCAUAUGAUUGUAUGGGAGCAUUCUCGAACACCUGCAACUCAUGAGGGUUUUGAAGUAAAGAGAAGGGGGGAUAAAGAAUUUACAGUUACUAUGCGGUUGGAAAUGAACUAUUUGCCUGAGAAAUUUAAGCUCUCUCCAGCUUUGAUGGAAGUUCUUGGUAUUGAGGUUGACACCCGUCCAAGAAUAAUAGCUGCAAUCUGGCAUUAUGUGAAGGCAAGGAAACUGCAGAAUCCAGAGGACCCUUCUUUCUUUAAUUGUGAUCCACCUCUCCAGAAAGUAUUUGGGGAAGCAAAGAUGAAAUUUACCAUGGUUUCACAGAAGAUAUCGCAGCAUCUAUCUCCUCCUCAACCAAUAGUUUUAGAGCACAAGAUAAAGCUUUCAGGAAACAGUCCAGUUGGAACUGCAUGCUACGAUGUGGUGGUGGAUGUCCCCUUCCCAAUACAGAGGGAAUUGAAUGCUCUGUUGGCCAAUGCAGAGAAGAACAAAGAGAUUGAAACCUGUGAUGAAGCAAUAUGUGCUGCUAUAAGGAAAAUUCAUGAACAUCGUAGGAGGCGGGCAUUCUUCCUUGGGUUCAGCCAAUCGCCUGUGGAAUUCAUUAAUGCUUUGAUUGAAUCUCAAAGCAAGGAUUUGAAGCUUGUAGCUGGAGAAGCUAGUCGAAGUGCUGAGAAGGAGCGCUGUGCUGAUUUCUUCAACCAACCAUGGGUUGAAGAUGCUGUUAUUCGCUACCUAAAUCGUAAGCCGGCUGCAGGAAGUGAUGCUCCUGGAAGCACCUGAGUUGGAAGCUAUUUUUCACUGCUGAUCUGCGUGUUUGUUCGACUUUGAUUCUUUCACUUGGCAUCUGUAUAGCUUUUAUGAAAAUAUGGCUAUUUCUGAUCAAUCUAAUUGUUAAUGGUCAUCAAGCCACAGGAUGAACACCCCUUUACUUGUUAUACAACAGUUAUGGUUUGUAGCUUGUUAGCAGAAUUGUCCACAUAUUUGUUUUACUCAUUGUGCUAUUGAGAAGAUUGGCCUCAUAGGGCAUAUGGUUAUAUGAA